AGUGUCAUUUAAACCUGUUACCAGAGACGAGCACGUGUUACUAAUCCCCUUAGAUCUUAAAAUAUUUUACGUAUUGCCGCAAACCAAUGAGAUGGUUCGUACUUAUCAAAGAAAAACCGAUAAGCCUUCUUGGUCUAGAGAAACUUUAUGUCAGGCAAUUGACGCUGUCAGAUCAGGCCUAUCCGGAUAUGAAGCAGCGAAAACUUAUGAUAUACCUCGUAAAACAAUCAUGGACCACGUGACGGGUCGAAGGGGCCAAAAAUCAUCAACACAAGGUAGACCACCAGCCUUGUCAGCUGAAAUUGAAAUAGAGUUAGCUAACUGUUGUUAUAUGAACUUAAGUUGUAUUCGAUUGAGGUGGAUAACAUAAAAAAAUGUUAUGAGACUGAAGUAGAGUGCCUUAAAUCAGAAAUAUUGUCACUUAUGAACUCCCUUCAAACUGUGUCCAAUAAAUAUAAAUCAGCCCAAAAUGAAAUAAAAGAACACAUAUUGGCUAUGGAUAAUCUGGUAAAGACUUGUAAAUAUAAUGAGGAGCGGUUUGACUCCUUAGUUAAAUAUCAAUGUGAGUGUCAGCGCUCAAUGCCAGAUUCUUCAAAGUCAGUGUGUGCUGAUAAUAUUAUACCACCACAAAAACUCUAUGACAGUGCCAUAACAGAGGAUAUUAAAAUAAUAAAUAACUCAAAUAUUACUAAAAAUAAUAUAAUUGUUUAUAGCGAUGACAUGGGAAAAAAUCUAGGCAUAACUUUAAAUAACUCUUUAAAGGGACAAAAAGUUACAAAUUGCUGCAUGCCUGGAGCAUCUUUUAGUGACAUCCUAAAUAAAAUUAUUGUUACUAAAUUUUGCCCAAAUAGUACAAUAAUAAUUUUUGUUGGUAGAAGAGGCAGUGUCAACAACAAACAGUUAUUAAGAUAUAUUGAACAACUUAAUAACUUAAAUGUACACAAAAUUGUCUUGUUCACACUGCCUUAUAUACAGGGAUUGCCACAAGAAAAUAAUUUAAGACAUAAUUUAAAUAUACAAAUGCAUAAUUUAAUAUGUAAUAAUAAUUUAAAUUUGACAUAUAAUUCUAAUGAUAAUAAUCAUAAAUUUCAUGUAAUUGACAUAAAUAAUUUAAUAAAAAAGUUUUGGACAAAAGAUAGGUAUUACCUAUCCAAAUAUAAUUUAAGACUGAUAGCAAAUGUGCUAUCUUAUUAUUUACUUUUUAACUCAGCCAAGUUUUUGGCUACCAAGACUGCUUUUAUUGAGCAUAAUCAUUUGACAUUUAAUUUGGAAUCAGUUCCAACUAAUUUAAAUUAGUGAAUGUGACAAUAGAGGCAAUCUCUAGCAAUAAUAAGAGUUUAAUUAAUUUUGAAUACAGCCCACAAAUAAGUAAUAAAAAUUGUUUACACCUGGUGCAUCAAAAUAUACAAGGCAUGUUGGGCAAAGAAUUGGAAGUUGAAUUGUUUUUAAAUAGUAACAAUAUACACAUCCUUUGUAUUACUGAACAUUGGCUAAAAGAUUAUAAUUUCAUAUUUAAUUUCAGAAAUCACCAGGUGGUCAGUUCCUUCAAUAGAGAAAAAAGUUUACGUGGUGGCUCCUUAAUAUUAGCAGAUAAAUCAUUAUUAUAUAAAGAACGUAAGGAUAUUGUGAGCCUCUCUGUUGAACGAACUGUAGAAAUGGCUUGUGUCGAGCUCGAGCACCUCAUUGUUGUAAGUGUUUACAGACCCCCAUGUGCUACUUAUGACCAUUUUGAAAGGAUUGUGGAAGAAGUUUUACUCAAACUUAGUAAACAGAACAAGUCUGUUGUAAUGUGUGGAGACUUUAAUAUCAAUCUCCUUGAAACUUCUUCCAUUAGUAUUAAGUUUAGCUCAUUGUUUAAAUCGUAUAAUCUUGUAAAUUUAUUCUUAGAACCAACACGUAUUGCUGGGCCUAGUGCGACCUGUAUAGAUAACAUUUUUACAGAUGUUAAGCCCUUGCAUAAAUCAAUUAUUCAAAAUUUAAGUUCAGAUCACUGUGGACAGUUAGUAUCACUACCUUACAUACACAAAAAACAGAAAAAUAAGAAAGUUGUGUUUGUUCCAAUAAAUGAACAUCGCUUGGAGAGGUUUAGAAGUAAUAUAAUAAAAAGACUUCCAUCACUUUCGUUUAAAAAUAGUGCUAAUUAUUUGUAUGCUACAUUAUUUGAAAUUAUAUGUUGUGAAUUUAGUAGAAUAUUUACUUCUAAAACUUUCUCUUUUAACAGUCGCAAAUCAUUUAAUGAAUGGGCGACAGUAGGAAUUCAUAAAAGUAGGCGAAGGUUAUACGAGCUUUAUGAUGAAAGAUCAUAUAAUAGUAGUGUUAUAUUUAGAGAUUAUGUAAAAACAUAUUCUAAAAUAUUUAAAAAAGUGUGCUCCACUGCUAAGGCUUUACAUUUAAGCAACAAAAUUAAAACUGCAUCCGACAAAAUUAAAAUGACCUGGAGAAUAAUAAAUAGUGAAACGGGCAAGGUCAAACCGCGCAACUCGGAUUUUCAAUUGAAUAUUAACAAUAAUUUAACGCGAUCUGAUCAAGAAGUUGCUAUGGCUUUUGAGAAACAUUUUACUGAUGUUCCUUUUUUGACAACAAAAUCAUUAAAUUCUUCUCCUACUGUCGCCGAAUCAUUGCUCAAACAAAAUGUAAAGGCUUGUUCAAAUACUUUUAAAUUCCAUAGGGUACUGCCAAAAGAUAUCGUUAAAUAUUUUAAAACUAUUGAUGUUAAGAAAACGGCAGACUUAUGGGGGAUUUCCGUUAAAGUUAUUUUAUCUAUAAUAGAUACAUUAGCACCUUAUCUAGCCACUAUAUUUAAUAUAAGCGUCGAAUCUGGUGUGUUUCCUGAUUUAAUGAAACAUAGUAAAGUCAUACCUAUAUUUAAAUCUGGUAGUACAUUAGACCCCGCCAAUUUUAGACCAAUUUCUGUACUACCAACAUUAAGUAAAAUUUUUGAAAAAAUUAUUUUAGAUCAGAUGUUAAGUUUCUUUAAUAUUAAUAAAUUGCUACAUAAUAAUCAAUUCGGUUUUACAAGGGGUCGCUCGACAACUGACGCUGGAGUUGAGCUUAUUAAACAUAUUUUUUGUGCAUGGGAGAAAUCAGAGGAUGCUUUGGGUAUAUUUUGUGACCUUUCCAAGGCCUUCGACUGUGUUCACCAUGAGACAUUAAUCAGGAAGCUACAGUACUAUGGUGUCAAGAACACAGCGCUUAAACUUAUUAUUUCAUAUUUAAGUAAUAGAAAACAGAAGGUUAUUAUCAAUGGUAAAAGUUCUUCCGGGUCACCUGUACUAAUGGGUGUACCUCAGGGCUCGAUUCUCGGCCCAUUCCUGUUUCUGGUGUAUAUUAAUGACUUACCUCACCUUGUAGGGGAUAGUCAUGAUAUAGUAUUAUUUGCUGAUGAUACUUCCUUGAUUUUUAAACUUAAACGUCAAUCAUUUAAAUGUGACGAAGUGAAUAAUGCUAUAUCAAAAUUAGUGCAUUGGUUUAACGUUAAUAAUCUGCAUUUGAACGGAAAUAAAACUAAUUGUGUUAAAUUUACAACAACGAAUGUUCAAAAUCUGAAUACCAAUGUGUUUUUAAAUGGGGAGGAAUUGAGCCCUGUUGUAUCCACUGUUUUUCUUGGCAUCACUCUUGACGCAAAGCUCCAGUGGGGCCCCCAUAUAUCCAAAUUAGCAAGCAGACUAAGUUCUGCAGCCUAUGCUGUAAAAAAGAUUAGAGUUCUCACUAGUGUCGAGACAGCUAGAUUAGUUUAUUUUAGUUAUUUUCAUAGCAUAAUGUCUUAUGGGAUUUUGCUAUGGGGAAAUGCGGCUGAUUCAGAAACUAUUUUUGUUUUACAGAAGAGGGCCAUUAGAGCUAUUUACAAUCUAAAACCGAGAGAGUCUCUUAGAGAUAAAUUUAAAGAAAUUAAUAUAUUAACUUUGGCCUCUCAGUAUAUUUACGAAAAUUUAAUGUAUGUUCACAAAAACAAAGAUAGUUUUAGUAAAAGAAGUGAUAUACAUUCUGUAAACACUAGGAACAAACACAAGCUAGUGAUACCAGUUUCUCGACUCCACAGAGUCAGUAAUUCAUUCUUGGGGCAAUGUAUACGCUAUUACAACAAGGUCCCGGAAAGUGUACAGGUUCUCUCUAUUACCAAGUUUAAAUGUUUUAUUAAGCUGAAACUGUAUAAAAAGGCUUAUUAUAGUAUAAAUGAAUACAUGGUUGAUAAUAACCCUUGGGAAUGAGGUGAUCGCUUCCAAGCAGUUUCUAAAAUAAAUUUUGUAAAUAGUUCGUAAUAAUUUAUAUUGUAAAAUUUAUUUAAAAAAAAAAGUCCCGCUGGGUUUCUUGCUGGUUCUUCCCAGGACAGAGGGUUUUUUCGAACCAGUGGUAAAGUAAAAAAUGACUUUCAAUAAGAAUUACACAUGUAAUGUAUAUUGAAUAAAAAAUAUUCUAUUCUAUUCUAUUCUAUUCUAUGUCUACAUAUUAUGGAAAGGCAUGGCUUUGGGUUAAGUCGGAAAGAGGUAAUAGAACUGGUUGGCGAGUACGUUAAAAAAAAUAACAUAAAUACACCAUUUACCAAUGGCAUCCCUGGAAACGAUUGGUUUUCUAAUUUUAUGAAACGACAUAGGUUGUCAAUAAAAAAACCUCAAGCAGUUGAGAUAGCCCGUAAAAAAGCGGCUGACCCUUUCAUUAUACAAGAAUUUUACGACAUUGUCGAAAAAGUUAUUAAAGAGCUAGGGCUUGAAAAUAAGCCAGAGAGAAUAUAUAAUAUUGACGAAACAAGCUACUGCAGCGACCCUCAAAAAACCAAAGUGGUCGGCUUAAAGGGAUAUCCUUCAACUAGAAUAACAUCAUCAGCUGGUAAAGUAAACACAACCGUCUUGGUUGCCAGCAAUGCAGCUGGAGGCAAAGGGCCUCCAUUUAUAAUUUUCAAAGGUAAGCAUGUGUGGAGUGGAUGGACAUCUGAGGAAGCAUAUCCUGGCACUUUAUACAGUGCGACAUCCAAUGGUUGGAUUGAAUCCGAAGUUUUUGCAGAGUUUAUGGCAAAAAGUUUCAUUCCCAUGGUCAAAGAUGAGAAAGAGCCAACCCUCCUAAUUUAUGAUGGUCAUAGCACGCACGUGCAACUGGCUGUGGUCAAAAUGGCGAAACAAAAUAAUAUCACCAUUAUUAAAUUGCCACCACACACAAGUCACCUUCUUCAACCACUUGAUCUAUGCGUAUUCAAACCUUAUAAAGACGCUUGGGAUCAGGAAAUGGUUAAAUGGCAACGCACACAUAAGGGCGAAAAGUUACCUAAGGAUCAGUUUUCAGCGAUAGUGGGAAGAGUUUGGAAAAAUCUUAAUUCCAAUGUUAUAAAAAAAGGGUUCGAAAAAAGCGGAAUUUAUCCAUUUAACAGAAAAGCUGUAACGGAAUAUAAACUAGACCCAGAAGCCCUAAAACGAUGGAAAAAACACCAUGAAACCUUAUCGAAAAAACAAACACUCGCUCGUAGUUCACCAUUAACCUUAACCAAAUUAUGCCUGAAUAAAAUUAACUCUUGUAUUAAAUUAAACUCGAAUCCAGUCACCAUUUUGCCAAAAAUCGUUAGUUCAAAAUCUUCUGAGAAAAUAUCUUUUGAAGAUUUAUUAAUACAAUCUACCAAACAAUCGCAAACUGCCAAUGUCAAGAAAAAGAUAGUAAAAAUUUCCGCAAGUGCAGAGGUGAUAACGCAUCAGGACGUCAUUGAAAGAUUGAAACAGAAGGAAGACGAUAAAGCC